AAACCUUUGAGGAUCUUACUUUAUAAAUACACAUCCACAACUUCAUCCAUUCCUACACAUCUUCCAUUAUCAGCACAUUCAUACAUUUUCUAUAUCAAAAACAACACAUUCCUACAUCUUUCUAUUAUCAAAAAAACUAUACAAAAAAUGACUUUAACACUUCGUUCAUCAACUUCUUUUAUUAAUAUAAAAGAAACCAAAGGUGUUAAAACACCUGAUGAUUUCUUAGGCAUGGUUUCUUAUACACAAACCAAGCCAUCUUGUCGUCUCAUAACAAAGAAUUCAAUGCAAGAAGCUCACCUCUCUCAUGAGAGAGUUAUCGUUAAUGAGAAAAGAGAAAAACUUCAUGUGCUAACAACUACUCACAGUAAUAGUAGUACAAAGGUACCUGUUUUUGUGAUGUUGCCACUUGAUACUAUGACUAUGGGAGGGAACUUGAACAAGCCACGAGCGAUGCACGUGAGUUUGAUGGCGUUGAAAAGUGCUGGAGUUGAAGGAGUAAUGGUAGAUGCUUGGUGGGGUUUGGUAGAAAAAGAUGGACCUUUGAAGUAUAACUGGGAAGGUUAUGCUGAACUUGUUAAGAUGUGUAAAGAACAUGGCUUGAAACUUCAGAUUGUUAUGUCUUUUCAUCAGUGUGGAGGAAAUGUUGGAGACUCUUGCAGUAUUCCUCUACCUCCAUGGGUACUUGAAGAAAUCAGCAAGAAUCCUGACCUUGUCUACACAGAUAGAUCAGGCCGGAGAAAUCCUGAGUAUAUUUCCUUAGGUUGUGAUCAGUUACCAGUACUCAAAGGAAGAACACCUAUUCAGGUCUAUACUGACUUUAUGAAGAGCUUCAGAGAAAGAUUCAGCAAUUACUUGGGAGAUGUCAUAGUGGAGAUUCAAGUGGGAAUGGGUCCUUGUGGGGAACUCAGAUAUCCAUCUUAUCCAGAAAGCAAUGGUACAUGGAGGUUUCCUGGAAUUGGAGAAUUCCAGUGCUAUGACAAGUACAUGAGAGCUUCACUAUCAGCAGCCGCCAAGGCGGCCGGAAAAGAUGACUGGGGCCAGGGAGGGCCUCAUGACUCCGGACAGUACAAUCAAUUUCCUGAGGAUACUGGAUUUUUUCAAAGAGAUGGAACAUGGAACAGUGAAUAUGGACAGUUCUUCCUAGAGUGGUAUUCAGGAAAGCUAGUGGAGCACGGCGACAGAAUCCUAGCAGCAGCAGAGGGUAUAUAUCAAGGAACUGGGGCUAAACUAUCUGGAAAGGUAGCUGGAAUUCAUUGGCAUUACAAUACUAGAUCACAUGCUGCGGAGUUAACAGCAGGAUACUAUAAUACAAGACACACAAAUGGCUAUCUACCUAUAGCACGUAUGUUCGCCAAACAUCGUGUUGUGUUUAACUUUACAUGUAUGGAAAUGAGGGAUGGUGAACAGCCCCAGAGUGCAAACUGCUCACCAGAAGGCUUAGUUCGACAAGUAAAAAACGCAACUACAACUGCUGAAGUAGAACUUGCCGGAGAAAAUGCUCUAGAGAGGUAUGAUGGAGGAGCGUAUUCUCAAGUUUUGGCAACAAGCAGAUCAGAUUCCGGAAAUGGAUUGAGUGCAUUCACAUUCUUGAGAAUGAACAAGCGGUUGUUUGAGCCAGAAAAUUGGCGGAAUCUAGUGCAAUUCGUGAAAAACAUGUCAGAUGGAGGUCGAAAUGCUACACUUCCAGAGUGUGACUCAAGCAGGACAGACCUCUAUGUACAUUUUGUCAAAAAGAGUCAUUCUAAGAAAACUACAGAGGUUGCACUAGUGUAACGAUAUGAAAAAAGAGGCCUCCUGGUGUACAAGGCAUCUUGUGUGAGCGCAGGGUUCAGGGAAGGGCUGCACCCUAAGAAAGCUACAGAGGUUGCAUUAGUGUAACGAUAUGCAUACAUGUAAUAUAGUCAUUCCAUUGUAGGUUAGCAGAGAAAAAGUAGCAGAAAGUACUACAGUGCUAUACUCCGUACCCCCUAAAAGAUUCCAAAAAAUAAUUGAAUCUGUUUCUGAAACUGGAUUAUAGACGACAAGUAAAAGAAGCUUAGUAUGUCUACAAUUGAAGCUUCGGCUCACUGGGACGACGAGGGACAGAAAUAUACACCUUCGAUCAUAUAAGGAUUCGAAUGAGUAUAUUCUUUUCUUUGUACAUAAAGAAAUUCUUUUUGUCUUUCGACAUUUAUUAUUGAAAUAAAACACCUUAUAGAA